GGACGCCGCACGCUAUAAAGGUCACGCGACCAGGACGCCCUUCCAUCCUGCGGGUCCAAGCAAGCGAAGGUAGCAAAAAGCAGCUGAUCUCUCCAAGUUGUCGGUGCGCGUCAAUGGAGGGCCGGGGAAGAGGCAGUGCAAGCGGCGCGUUCGUCGCCGUCGCCGCGCUCCUGUGCGCGGCGGUGCUCCUGGAGGCCGCCCCCGCCGCCGAGGCGGGGACGACGUACUGGGUCGGCGACGCCGCCGGGUGGACGCGCAACGUCGACUACAGCAGGUGGCUGGCCGGCAAGACCUUCCUCGCCGGCGACGUGCUCGUGUUCAAGUACGACACGAGGUUCCACGACGUGGCGUGGGUGAGCAAGGGCGGGUACAGGAACUGCGUGGUGUCCCCGAAGGGCGGCCGCGCCCCGGUGUUCCGCACGGGGUACGACAGCGUCACGCUGCCCAGGGGCACGCACUACUUCAUCUGUGGCGUGCCGGGGCACUGCGGCGCCGGCAUGAAGCUCGCCGUCACGGUCUACUGAUCGUCCAGCUGGCGCUCGGCCGACCGAUCGCUCCUUGCCGCGCAUGAGCGUGCGUGCGUGCCUGUGUGUCCUGAUCCAUGGAUGAUGAUAAUAUGUGAGUGCGUGUCGUUGAGGUGGCGGUCGAUCGUUUGCAGUUCUGUCCGUCCCUCGAUGUUUGGUUUGCCUGUGUUUGUGAGUCGUCAGUCGGCAUAUGUAACAUGUCAUGAGUAAACCUGAUGUUUUCUCUCGUAACGCUAAUGAAGAUAUGUUCAGA